GGAUGAAUUGUCGCGCGACAAUAGCAACGAUGACGUGUUGUUAGCAUUGCAAGCUUAUUGAUUACGUAUUGCUCCCAAGUGGCAAUCCCUAAGUGUUAAAGAUCCAUUCUGACCAUGUGAAAAAGCUGCUAUUUCCCACCCGAUCCGCGACGAUCAACCCUUGCGCGUCGUUUCCUUUGCUCCGCCGCCGAGCGUUGCCAUCGCAAAUCCGAAGGCCGUCAACAGGAGCUAUUCCCGACCGCUACCCUAACGCACAAAGCCUGUGCCUCCUGCGACCUAUAUCAAGCUCGGGACGCUUGUGAACACGCCACGUGACGACAGCCCUUCUGCAGCCCCCUUACCGACUUCCUGCCAGCGUGCGAGACCUGAGGCGCAACGGUCUCAGAACGGAAUUACGACGCCCUCUGACUUCGCUUACGCAGCCAUCCUGGCUUGAAACGAGUGUUUACAAGAUGGCUGCAAGGCCUGCUACUCCGGCAUCGCCAAAAAACCACAAAGUGAAAGCGCCCCAACCAGGGCAGCCCAUGUAUGGCUGUGAACACCUACAGCGGCUGUUCAACCAAGGACAAGCGGCUACAGAUACAUCCAUCCAACAUUACAAGGCGAUCCUACGAAGCAUCUUCGACACUACGCCGCUCAUCUCGCAGACAGCGAAGUUGACCGAAGGUCCGACCGUCACGUCGCUCACCGCGACGUACCUGUGCUUACAAUGCCCCUCCACGCUCACAGAAGAGGACCGGGCAAGGCACGGCGCUAAGAAGGCGCACAGAUUCUAUGUUGACUCAAGAAGCGGUGCUCUUUACUGCCAGAUGUGCGAUGACAUUGUCUGGGACCCCACCUUCGAAGAACUUAGGUUAAGGAAGAUGGGGACGGGCACGUUUUCCACAACCCGAAAGCGCAAGCAUGAAGAUAUGUUUGAGGCAUCAGACCCUGUUAGGGACAAUCCAACAUACAUCUCGUCCAACACAACGACGGCCUCAUGCAAGGCCAAUGGUCUGCGGGGAAUUUACAACGCAGGGGCUACCUGCUACCAAAACGUCGUCCUCCAGAGUUUCCUCCACAACCCCAUUUUGAGGAAUUUCUACCUUAGCGACGGGCAUCAGAGUAGCAACUGCGAUGUGCCGCACUGCCUGAGCUGUGCCAUGGACGACAUGUUCCAGGACUUCUACGCGUUGGAAAAUACCAAUGGGUACACGGCAGCUAACAUCCUCUCCGGGUUCUGGAUCAGCGAGAAGAAAGCGUUUGAAAACUUGGUCACGACAAAAGAACAGGACGCACACGAGUUUUUCCAGUUCCUUGCGGAGGAGCUGCACGAGCGCAACGGCGACGGCAAGAGGCCCGAAAUUGGCAGUGAGCAUAGCUGCGACUGUGUCAUCCAUCAAACGUAUUAUGGCAAGCUGCAGAGCACCACCACGUGCCAAAACUGCAACGGCGUCACCAACCAAGUCCAGAGUUUCCUGGAUCUCAGCCUACCACUGGAGAACUUGACCCAAAGAAGGGGUAAAAAGGGAUCAUCAAGGCCCGGCGGGAUGUUGACGCUGCAGGAGUGUCUAGACGAAGAAUAUAUCAAGUCGGACAAGUGCGAGUACCGUUGCAACAAUUGCAACUCAAUGCAGCAGGCGCGGCGGCAGACGUCGAUCAAGCGGCUACCGAAUGUACUGUCCAUUCAACUCAAGAGAUUCGAGUACAAGCAAGGGCGCAACGAGCGUGCCGCAAAGAUCGACACGCCUGUGCAGUUUCCCCUGCAACUCAACAUGCUUCCCUACACCAACCGGGGCCGCAGCCAAGAUGUCAGGGACAACUAUGAGCUGGCUCGGUCGUGCACGUAUGAUCUCCUCACUGUGGUGGUGCAUGUUGGCGAGAUUGACACUGGGCAUUACAUGUCGUAUUGUCGGGUUGGUGACCAAUGGUUUGCAUUCAAUGAUCACAAGGUAGAGUUAGCGCAAAAGUCGGAUGUGCUCAACUCCAAAGCAUAUCUGCUGUUCUAUAUCGUUAGAUCGUUGUCAUAAGGGAGCAACGCGAACCGGCAGAGGGAGGGCCGGCGUCUGGCUUUUAGUCAAGUUGUUAUAUAGAUCCUGGUCUGGAUUGGGAUGCCAUUGCGAGUGUAACGGAAGCAAAACAUGCGGAUCU